GCAAAGCCUGAUCGGUGAUCCAUCCCCCCAACCUGCUUGAGGAGCUGCUGCACGCCGUCCAGGGGUGUGUCCACUCCCACUGGAAGCCAAUAAGGGCAGGUCAGCAAUGGCCGAGACCCUGGAGUUCAACGAUGUCUAUCAGGAGGUGAAAGGCUCCAUGAAUGAUGGUCGGUUGAGGCUGAGUCGACAAGGCAUCAUCUUCAAGAACAGCAAGACGGGCAAAGUGGACAACAUCCAGGCCGGAGAGUUGACGGAAGGCAUAUGGCGCCGCGUCGCUCUGGGCCACGGACUCAAACUCCUCACGAAAAACGGCCAUGUCUACAAGUAUGAUGGCUUCCGCGAGUCGGAGUUUGAGAAGCUCUCUGAUUUCUUCAAAACUCACUAUCGCUUGGAGCUUAUGGAGAAGGACCUGUGUGUGAAGGGCUGGAACUGGGGAACUGUGAAGUUCGGUGGGCAGUUGCUUUCCUUCGACAUUGGGGACCAGCCAGUCUUCGAGAUCCCCCUCAGCAACGUGUCUCAGUGUACCACAGGCAAGAACGAGGUGACGUUGGAGUUCCACCAGAAUGAUGACGCCGAGGUGUCGCUCAUGGAAGUGCGCUUCUACGUGCCACCCACCCAGGAGGAUGGUGUGGACCCCGUUGAAGCCUUUGCCCAGAACGUGCUGUCCAAGGCAGACGUGAUCCAGGCCACGGGCGACGCCAUCUGCAUCUUCCGGGAGCUGCAGUGUCUGACUCCCCGAGGCCGCUAUGACAUUCGGAUAUACCCUACCUUCCUGCACCUGCACGGCAAGACCUUCGACUACAAGAUCCCCUACACCACAGUAUUGCGUCUCUUUCUGUUGCCCCACAAGGACCAGCGGCAGAUGUUUUUCGUGAUCAGCCUGGACCCCCCAAUCAAGCAGGGGCAGACCCGCUACCACUUCCUGAUCCUUCUCUUCUCCAAAGAUGAGGACAUCUCUUUGACCCUCAACAUGAAUGAGGAAGAGGUAGAGAAGCGCUUUGAGGGGCGGCUCACCAAGAACAUGUCGGGGUCUCUCUAUGAGAUGGUCAGUCGGGUCAUGAAAGCGCUGGUGAACCGCAAGAUCACAGUCCCGGGCAACUUCCAAGGACACUCGGGCGCCCAGUGCAUCACCUGUUCCUACAAGGCGAGCUCCGGCCUCUUGUAUCCCCUGGAGCGGGGCUUCAUCUAUGUCCACAAGCCCCCCGUGCACAUCCGCUUUGACGAGAUCGCCUUCGUCAACUUUGCCCGGGGUACGACCACCACGCGCUCCUUCGACUUCGAGAUCGAGACCAAGCAGGGUACGCAGUACACCUUCAGCAGCAUCGAGAGGGAGGAGUAUGGGAAGUUGUUCGACUUUGUCAACGCCAAAAAGCUCAACAUCAAAAACCGAGGAUUGAAAGAGGGCAUGAAUCCAAGCUACGAUGACUAUGCUGAUUCUGACGAGGACCAGCACGAUGCUUAUUUGGAGCGGAUGAAAGAGGAGGGCAAGAUUCGGGAGGAGAAUGCCAAUGACAGCAGCGAUGACUCCGGAGAAGAGUCUGAUGAGUCUUUUAAUCCAGGUGAAGAGGAGGAAGAUGUGGCCGAGGAGUUUGACAGCAACGCCUCCGCCAGCUCCUCCAGUAACGAGGGCGACAGUGACCGUGAAGAGAAGAAACGAAAGCAGCUGAAAAAGGCCAAGAUGAACAAAGAACGCAAGAGCCGCAAGAAGCCCUCAGAGACAAAGAAGGGCAAAGACCCCAAUGCCCCCAAGAGGCCCAUGUCUGCUUACAUGCUGUGGCUCAACGCCAACCGAGAGAAAAUUAAGUCAGAUCAUCCUGGCAUCAGCAUCACUGAUCUGUCCAAGAAGGCUGGUGAGAUCUGGAAGGGAAUGUCCAAGGAGAAGAAAGAGGAGUGGGAUCGCAAGGCAGAGGAUGCCAGGAGGGAAUAUGAAAAGGCCAUGAAGGAAUAUGAAGGAGGCCGGGGUGAAUCUUCUAAGAGGGACAAAUCAAAGAAGAAGAAGAAAGUGAAGGUAAAGAUGGAAAAGAAAUCAACGCCCUCCCGGGGCUCAGCCUCCAAGUCUUCAUCAAGGCAGCUAAGUGAGAGCUUCAAGAGCAAAGAGUUUGUCUCCAGUGAUGAGAGCUCUUCAGGAGAGAACAAAAGCAAAAAGAAGAGAAGGCGGAGUGAGGACUCUGAAGAAGAAGACGCCAGCACACCGCCCAGCUCAGAAGACUCAGCUUCGGGAUCCGACGAGUAGAGGGAGGAACAUUCCAGUCUCCUUUGUGGCUUGCCCUGGUCUCCCCCUCCCUCCCUCUUGCGGUCUCCUCACUCCUAUUUUGGUACCAGUGUCACAUGAAUUGUAGCCCCUGGAUUCUGUGCUACCUGAACAAGCUCUCCUGGUAGUGUUCAUUUUAUUGGGGCAGCAAAAGAGGGUCUUCCUCUGCCAUGCCACCAGGACGACUCUGGUUAGUGGGGAGAUUGGGUGGGAGGACAAGGCAGGACAGGAUCCGUGUCCUUGUCCAGCUCCCCCUGACCUAAGCGAUACAACUGCUGCAGCAGGAGGUGGUCAUGUGAGGUCAGACCCUUCACUCCUAAUGGGAGGAUGGGCCCUAUUUCUACAUUUAUUUUGUAUCUGGUCUGUGAAAAAAAAAAAUCAACAUUUAAUAAAUGGAACUGACUUUGGAAA